AUGGCAUUCAAUCCCAAGUCAAAUUGCUUUUGGAUGCAUUACCUGGCUAUGCAGUUGAUAAAUAAACGAAAGUGCAAGAAAGCUAUACCGAAGAAGCGGCGAAAUGAGUUGCAGAAGAUUUGGGACCAUUUGCUUGAAUUCGACAGUUUACGAGAGUUGUUUACUCACGACGAUUUCUACGAUAUACUACAACGGCAUCUCAUUAUUAAGCCGCUGGCCACGCAGAACAAAUCGGGUUGA